CACCGCUCGCCCACACAAUUCUCUCGAUUCUUUGUGAUUUCCAACUUUUCUGCGGUCCACCUGAGAUACUUUUUCAUUUUCUCAGUUACUACUAACCCAACAGCACAACCACUUUCCCUUCCCAUCGACUCUAUUUCCUUCAAUUACAAAGAGUCACCGUCAAGAUGGGUAUCGAUCUCGACCGCCACCACGUGCGCAACACGCACCGAAAGGCUCCUAAGAGCGACAAUGUCUACCUCAAGCUAUUGGUGAAGCUGUACCGCUUCCUGGCCCGCCGAACCGACUCUAGCUUCAACAAGGUCGUUCUCCGUCGCCUUUUUAUGUCCCGUAUCAACCGACCCCCCGUCUCCCUCUCGCGCGUCAAGGGCCAGAUUUCUAAGGGUCAGGAGGGAAAGAUCGUUGUCGUUGUUGGUACCGUCACCGAUGACAACCGCCUCCUCGAGGUCCCCAAGGUUUCGAUCGCUGCUCUGCGAUUCACUGCCACCGCCCGUGCUCGCAUCACUGCUGCCGGUGGUGAGGCUUUGACCCUCGACCAGCUGGCUCUACGUGCCCCAACUGGUAGCAACACUCUGCUACUACGCGGCCCCAAGAACGCCCGUGAGGCCGUCAAGCACUUCGGCAUGGGUCCCCACAAGCACAAGAAACCCUACAUCGAGUCCAAGGGCCGCAAGUUCGAGAAGGCUCGUGGUCGCAGACGGUCAAGGGGUUUCAAGGUGUAAGGAAAUAUGGGGCUGGGUUUGGUCUUGCGUUGCGUCUCUUCCGAUAUACCAUGAAGGUAGUCCUCAACUGGGAGGGAGUUAUGCUACUUCAGGAGUGGUUUAUGCAUGGCUUGGCGUGAUACGGGAUAACAAAAUCAAUUCAUACAGAAAUAUGAUGCUUUGCCACUUCUUCUGAUAAGAUGAGAAU